UCGGGGGCAAGACCCCAAAACCACCUUUUCCCCAAACCUUUUUACUUUUGUCUACCUAAUUCCCUUUCACACUUCGCCCACAUGUCGACGGUCGGCCCCGAGUCGUUUCCCAAGAUGGAGCACAUCCACGGUGUAGACGUCAGUUGGAUGACACACGGGAAUCCCAAAGACAAGAUUGCCAGGCGAGCUUCUCUGUCCAAAACAUUAUCGCAACAGGCGCUCGACAUUCCCUACUCUGCUUCUCCCGGCACUUCGACUCCAGAAUUUGCCCCAGCGUCGGCACCAACAGCAAUCAAUGGCUUCAGGACAGACACGUUCAGUGCGCCAUCGAGCACACAAAACACGACAUCCUCCGCCACAACAUCCUCCGCCACAACAUCCACCACAACUGCGAAACCGAUCCCAAUAGGAGGACCAUCGCCCGCCGGACCGGGAUUCACGAGAACUGGUUCGGACGAAGGAAAGACCCCGCCAAUCGGCGUCUCCCCACGAAGAAGGAACUCGUGGUUCUCCAACAUCGCCUCCAAGCUCUCGUCCGCAAACGGUGCCGCUCAAAGUCCGCCUCAAACUAAUCCAACAUCUCCCAAGAACGCCGAGUUCUCCGUGCCCAAGGUCAAUCCUGCUAAGAACGCUGUCCUUCAGCACGCCACAAAACACGAAGGCGACGGUCCCUAUAUCCCAGCCCCGCCCGGUCACGCUCAGGGCGGCGUCUUCCACAUUUUCCGAAGGCUAUCAACGUCAAACGGAACACUGGGUUCCAACGGAACGAAGGGGCAUAAUCACGGCUUGGUGGAGCGAAGAGUUUUGAAUGUCGAUCAUCACAGGGAACGAUGUGACAUCAACGGUCUAAAUCAGGCUAAACUUCGGAGAGUUGCCUUCUGCGUCGACGUCGAGAUUGCGCCCAUGCCACGAUACGGAGACGAUGCAGCAAAAAAGAUAAAUGCAAAGCCCCAAGUGGUAACUACCCACGUAGCACCAGAUGGCACAAUCAUGGUUACCAACAGGAAAGAGGAGAACAGCAAGGAAGCAGAGGCAACAGCAGCCGCCAAGGCCGCUGCGGAAACGAGGAAAAAGGAAAAGAAGAAGAAGAGUGAAGAGGAGAGAAAGGCUAGGAAAGAGAAGAAGCGAAAGCUGGCCGAGGCGAACGGCACCAUCCCAAUGGAAAUCCACGUCGAUAGCGAUUCCUCCGAUGACGGUGGUAGCACCGCGCAGCCGCAGCCGCAGCCGCAGCAGCAACAGCCCGAGUCCUCCAGUCGCCGGACGCAAUCGAUGCCGACUACGAACCCCGUCAGGAUAUACCGGCGUUGUUGUCAGCUACGCGAGACGCCAAUCCUCAAGAGGAUUACCGAGCAACUCAUGGACCCCGCAAACAUGGCACCCGAGAAGGGAGUGGUCGAGAAGCUGGACCUUACCGGAUAUUGGCUGCAGCUACCCGACCUGGUAACACUCGGCGAUUAUCUGGCCGUAGUCCCGAUCAAGGAGGUGAUCUUGGACAACUGUGGUCUGAGUGAUGAGGGCCUCCGUGUUAUUCUCGCCGGUCUGUUGGCUGCCAGGAAGAACUCGUUUAAGCGACGAAAGCAGCCUACCGGACCCGAUGGGCCAACACCACAAGGUGGCGUUGUCGAGAGGCUUAUUCUGAAAAAUAACAAGAUCGGGGCUGAGGGAUGGAAGCAUAUUUGCCUAUUCGUUUACCUUUGCCACACCCUCAAGGUUCUGGAUCUCUCUCAGGUUCCUUUUCCCCAGCCGACAGGGAACGAUGCGAAAAAGACUAUGGAUCUUUGCCAACUGUUUUCGAAAUCACUCGGGGAACGCCUUGGGGGGUCAACGCUUACUCUCUUGAGCUUGGGUGAAAGUGGAAUUACUACAGAGCAGCUUGGGUUGGUCAUGGACGGGGUCCUCAAGUGCGGCAUCAAGAAGAUUGUCCUUGCAAACAACGACAUCACAGAUCAGGGCCUGGCUCACGUCAAGAGGUUUUUGGCGACGCCGACUUGUGAGGGUCUCGAUUUGGGCGGCAAUGACCUGCGGGGACAUAUUGACAAGCUUACGGAGGCGUUGGACCAAGAAAACUGUCCGUUGUGGGCACUCAGCUUGGCUGACUGUAACUUGACACCGGCAGCUCUGUCCCAGCUGUUGCCGACGCUGGUCAAGUUGCCCCAGCUACGAUUUAUCGAUCUGUCCCACAACCAAGAGCUCUUCAACACCGAGCCUAGUGCGGUUGCGGUAUUGCGCAAGUACCUGCCCGCGAUGCCGUCCUUGAAGAGGAUACACCUCGUUGACUGCGCUCUCACCCCUGAGCAAGUCAUUGCCCUUGCCGAGAUUCUGCCAGAGAUUCCUGGCCUUGCACAUGUCAGCUUGUUGGAGAACCCACAAAUCGUGGAACUGACCGAUGCAAACACGGAUGAGGCGAAGGAGUCCGCCUGUGCGCUGUUCGCGUCGUUGCUCUCUGCCGCGAGGGUCUCGCGAAGCCUCGUCGCCGUGGAUAUUGAGGUUCCUAACGAGCAGUCGAGCGAUCUAGUCAAAGCCAUGGCUAAGCAGGUCGUUGCCUACUGCCUUCGCAACAUGGGUGAGCACAUGGCUGUUGGCGAUUUCUCCUCUAUGACCGGAGGCCUACCAGACUUCCUUGCUGAGCCUGAAUACCCCGAUGUGCUUCAGCGCCUGGUUGGUGCUGAUGUCACUCAGCCCUACGACCCAGAGGAGGACUUGGACAUUGCGCCGGAUGAGGACUACGUAAUUGGUGGCACUGGUGUCGUCAAGGCGUUGAUUUGCUGCUUGGACAAUUGCGAUGAAGAACAAUCGGGCGAGUUUGUCCGCGACGUCGAGACCGGCCAUGUGCACACUAAGCCUCACGCCCCCGUCGGCAAGGCCAAGGAGACUUCCAAGCACCUGCUGCUCAGCGCAAGAAAGAUCCGCACCAGGUUACAGCCCGCCAUCCAAAAGGCCAGGGACUCGCACGAAGAUACCCACGCCUACCACCGUCUCAUCUUCCUCGACAACACCCUCAAGGGCAUCAUCAAGCGCUUCGAGGACGAGUUCCCCGACACCAAGGAAGUUCCCGCCUCCACCACCGCCGCCGAUUCCGCCUCCUUCAUCUCCUCCGGCUCCUCCUUCACCACCUACCCCUACGACGACGCCGAGAAGCUUCUGGGAACCUCCAUCUCCUCCAUUGACCUCGCCCCUUUCGCCUCCAUCUGGGGCGACGACGCCGACGACGCCGAAGCCGCACAAGCCGCCGCCUUUGGCAUCAAACCCCGCGGCCUGGUCCGCUCCAACUCCACCCUUUCUCUGUCAUCCCGCGCUCUGGCCGACGAAGAAGCCCGCGUCCUCCGUGCCGGCCACAAGUUCCGCUCCGGCAUCGUCAAGCCCGAGCACUACAUGCUCCUAAACUACAGCAUAGAAAUGAUCGGCGCGGACCCGAACCACGCCCGCCUCCUGCACGAACUGUUCGACGAGCUCGAUGACGACGAGUACACCAAGAUGGUGGACGAGCGCGGCGCCGUGGAGGUGUUUAUCGAGAACAAGGAGGACGUGGUGCGCAAGAUGAGGGAGCUGGACCCGGCGCAUUGGGAUCGGUUCGUGGAGAGCCAGGAGAUGGCGAGGAAGAAUGUCGAGGCCCCUGUUCAGGGGAAUGCUGUGUUGGCGGAUAAGUGCGAGGCGAAUAUGAAGAGUUUGAAUGCGGCUGGGACGGGGGCGCAGGGGACGUCGGAGUUGACGAUGAGGUUGAAGGGAGAGAAGGUUGCUGAGGCUAAGGUUGCUGAGGCUGGUGGUGCUGCUGAGCAGAAGUAAGGGUGUUUAAUUACGGAGUUGUUAACAAGGAUGGGAGGGGGAGGUGAUUAUUGCUGUCGGUUUAAAGGCGGACGGGUGUUGGGAAGCAAGCACAUGCGGGCGUUUUUUGGUGCCGGUUGGAGUUGUUGGUUCCUUUGUUACAAAUGGGAGGUUCUCUGUCAGUAAAAAGACAACACUUUUUUGUUUUGUGAGGUAUUUGGUUGUUUUUAUUUAUGGAGCUGCUAUCGAGCUUAUGUCGUAGCUAUCAAGCAACAACAGCAU